CAUGUUUGAUGCCUCAGUCAGGAAAGUCAGUUGGGGGCAUUCAAAAUUGCUGGUGCUGCCUCAGGCUCCCAUCAAGGGUAAGGAAGGUACUUAGCCUCACUCACCUUGGUCCACCUUGGUUCACCUUGGUUCACCUUAGCUCACCUGAGGACAAGGCUCAAGUGCCCCUCCAUGAAAUUUACCCCGCCAUAGGUUAAGCAAGGUCGAUCUAGCAUGAGCAGAGAAACGCGUAUCGCCUCCAUACAACUAUAAACUUUUUCUUUUGCUUUAAGUUCUUUUUAUACCUUUACAGUCAUAGUAUACAGCUUCAGAUCUCUAUGGCUGACGUUGAGCAACCUGAGGGCGAGCCCCAGGGUCGUAUUGUCAAGUACUGUGGCGUUUGCACUCUACCCCCGGAGUACUGCGAGUAUGGCGGAACCGUUAAGAAGUGCCAGGAAUGGCUAGAAAAGAACGAACCAGAGCUUUACAACAGGAUCUGGUCAGCAGAGGCCCUCGAGGCUGCUACUGCAUCACUAUCCGUCGAAGCCCAGAAACGAGCCGCAAAGGACGCACAGAAGAAGACCGCUAAGGCUGAAGCCGCUGAGGCAAAACAUGCCGAUCUGCUAGCCAAGAGUGUUGUCACUAUCAAGCGCAUUGAGCGAAACAAGAAGAAGUUUGUCACGGCUGUGAUAGGACUCGAGUCCUUUGACUUGGAACUCAAGAAGGUCGCCAAAGAUCUUGGCAAGAAGUUUGCUACAGGCUCUUCAGUGACCAAGCUUCCUGGUGGCGGAGAAGAAAUUGUUGUCCAGGGUGAUGUUAGCGUUGAGUUGGAAGAGUUCCUGCUUGAGAAGUACAAGCAGAUACCCGAGGAUCAUAUUGAACUUGUUGAAGACAAGAAGAAGAAGAAGGGUGGUUCAUAAGUUGGGAGAUACCAAAAGGCAUUCGUGACUGAAAAUUCCAGAGUGUAUUUUUGGAAACACUCGCGCUCUUGGGUUUCUCAUGGGCAUAUGCAG